CCGGUGCGAAGUGCUGCCUCAAGAGCCGAAGCCAAAACCCUAACGGCGUCCUCGGAUCACACGUCAUGUCCUGAGGUCCAGAGUGAUGGAGGACAGUUCGAGGGUUCCAGGAUCGUAUCGGAGCUGUGUGGGAGCGAGGAGGACUUUCUAUAUCCAGCGUGGAGGAACGGCACCAUCAGUCCCUGCUUUAACCACGUCAUCUGUGGAUCUCUUGCACACGCUGUUACUGCAGUGUUAAGCUCCUGUUAUCUCAGUGCUCCGAGGCUCAGGUCCACUUUACCUUCGCUUCCUGUCGGCUGGAUCUUCAGGUCUGUUGCUGCGCUUUUGCAGGUGUUUGUUUUCAUCACGGAUUUGGGUUUGGUGUUCGCUCUUCACCAGCGAGACCUUUAUGUGAACGUCUUGGCAGAUGGAUGUGGAGUUGUUGCGUGGCUCGUCCACUUCUGGGCCGUUUUGUCCUUGCAAAGAUCUGCGCACAGAAGGACACGAGGUCCACCCUUUUUUCUGAUCCUGGCUCUUCUUCCUGCUCCUAACGUAGUGUUUACGCUGAUCACUCAGGCUCAAGAUCUCAGUAGCGAGAACUUUUUUCUGCUCGGAAGGUUUGCGUUGUCAGUUUGCAGGGCAGCCCUGGUCCUUACGUACCUUCUAGCCUUUCUCUUUCCUUGUUUCACGUCUCAAAGUGCGUCUCUGCUCAUAAACACGCACGAUGAGGCUCCUCUAAUUGUUUCGGAGCCUCCUGAGAGAGAAGUGGUGGCAGAGGAUGGCUGCAGCUUCCUAUCCAGGUUUCUCUACUUGUGGUUGAAUGUUCAACUAAGGCAGGGUGAGCGUGGGGAGCUGGAGAAACCUGGCGAUGUCCUACAACUGCCCCAAAAGCUACGGACCAAAUUGGUGACACUGCGCUUUAAUCGGUGUUGGGAACAGUGUCUGAAAAACAGAGUGCCAAGGACACUUGAAGGGCACCAGCAAAACAGUUCAUACAGUACAAUCCAACCUGAGGAAAUGAGCCACCAUGAGGUGAGACUCUUCAGGGUGCUACACAAGGCUUUUGGUCCACGCUACUACCUCCUUGGUGUGCUAAAGCUGGUGGCCAGUCUGCUAGCAUUUGCAGGACCUCUUCUUCUCAGCUGGCUAGUAGGUUUCAUGGAGACUGAUGGCGCACCUCUGAGCAGGGGGGUCUGGUGUGCUGUAGGACUCUUCUCCAGCACUUUAUUAGCAGCGUUCCUUCGCAACGUCUUUGUUUUUGAAGUUUCGAAGGUGUCCCUGCAGGCCCGGGCUGCCGUGGUUUCCACGAUCUACGCUAAAGCUUUGCGGGUCAGCAGCUCGGAGCUGGCGCGCUUUACAACAGGCGAGGUGGUCAACUACAUGAGCACAGACACGGACCGACUAGUCAAUUUCUUCAACAGCUUCCAUGAAGUUUGGAGUCUGCCUUUCCAGUUCCUCCUGGCUCUUUACCUGCUUUACCUCCAGGUGGGCGUGGCCUUCCUGGGAGGACUGGGCGUGGCUUUUCUGCUUUUGCCUCUCAAUAAGGUUCUGGCAACUUGCAUCCUGGAGAACAAUAAGCACAUGCUGACACACAAAGACAACAGGGUGAAGCUCAUGACUGAAGUCCUUUUUGGAAUCCGAGUUCUGAAGUUCUAUAACUGGGAGCAGCACAUUGCAGAGAAGAUCAAUCAAAGCCGUGAGAAAGAGCUGAGUCACCUGAAGGCCUUGAAGUACCUGGACGCAGUGUGUGUGUACACCUGGGCAGCGCUUCCUGUCGUCAUCUCAAUCCUUACCUUCGUCACGUAUGUGCUGCUCGGAAACAGUCUUACUGCAGCUAAGGUUUUCACUACACUGGCUCUAGUGGGCAUGCUCAUUCUCCCACUCAACGCCUUCCCCUGGGUUCUUAACGGCACGCUGGAAGCCAAAGUAUCUCUGGACCGCAUUCAGCUCUUCCUCAGUCUGCAUGAUCAAGACUUCAGCGCUUAUUACAGCCAAGUAUCCCCUGAGGAUCCUGGAACCGCCGUGAGGUUGACCCGAGCCAAUUUCUCAUGGAAAAAUCCAGAUCUGCAGUUUAACUCUGAUUUGAAGGACACAUCUCCGACAGGAAGUCUGUACCUCCAGAAUCUGGACUUAAGUGUCAAGAAGGGCUCUUUAUUUGUUGUGGUUGGAAAAGUUGGCUGUGGGAAAAGCUCCUUAUUGUCUGCUAUUGCUGGAGAGCUAAACAGAGUCGGAGGCACUGUGUACGUCCAAGGAAGAGAGCAGGGGUUUGGGUUGGUUUCCCAGGAGCCUUGGAUCCAGCAUGCAACUGUUCGAGACAACGUUUUGUUUGGAAAGGACUUUUCCAGUGACUUCUAUCAAGCUGUGCUCGAGGCUUGUGCCCUCACUGCAGACCUCAAUGUUUUGCCGAACGGAGAUCAGACGGAAGUGGGAGAGAACGGCGUGACGCUCAGCGGAGGCCAGAAAAGUCGCCUCACUCUGGCUCGAGCUGUUUACAUGGACAAGGAUGUCUAUCUGCUGGACGAUCCUUUAGCAGCCGUGGAUGGAGACGUGGCUCAUCAUCUCAUGGAGAAAUGCAUUUUGGGAAUUCUUAGGAACAAGACCCGAAUCCUUUGCACUCACAGGGUUGAGUUUGUGGAGAAGGCGGAUGUGGUGAUGCUGAUGGACAGAGGGACGGUGGUAAAAACGGGAACACCACAGGAGGUCUUAUCUCUGGUGAAGGAUGUGCCUAUGGGGAGCAGGAACGAGAGCGAAACGAACGAGAGAGGUGGCAUGGACCAGGAAGAAGAUCUGACCAAUGAGCCAGUUUCAGAGGAGGGGCUAUGCACCAUAGGGGAGGAGCAGAAGCAGAUGGGCACGCUUGCCUGGACAGUCUAUAAGUCGUAUUGGAUGGCAGUGGGCCGGUGUCUGGCUGUGUCUGUUCUGUUGUCUCUGCUCUUCAUGCAAGGGGCUAAGAACGUGUCAGAUUGGUGGCUGUCUUACUGGAUCUCCAACUCGAAAGUCAAUGGGUCUGAACUGGUGUCUCUGACAGCGAGUCGUCUCUCUGCCCUAGUGCUUCUCUCUGCAGACUCCCUUCUGUUUCCUUCACCAGCCAGAGCCUCGUUUGGAAAUACGAGCUCCGAGCUGAAGUUCUACAUGACCGUGUACGGUUCUCUAGCCGCAGCCAAUACCGUCUUCACCGCGGCCCGAGCCUUCCUGUUCGCUUACGGCGCCAUCCACGCUGCCACGGUCAUCCACAGAAGACUGCUGGAUAAUGUUCUUAAGGCCACGGUGGCGUUCUUCGACACCACUCCUCUGGGCCGAAUUCUCAAUCGCUUCUCCUCUGACAUCUACAGCGUGGACGACUCGCUACCUUUCGUCCUGAACAUUCUCCUCGCUAACGUUUUCAGUUUGUUGGGAAUGCUGGUGGUGAUGAGCUACGGGCUCCCCUGGGUUCUGCUUCCUUUAGUUCCACUCGGAGUGCUUUACUACCAAACUCAGAGGUUUUAUCGCCACUCAUCCCGUGAGCUCAAGCGCUUGUGCAGCCUCACCCUGUCUCCGGUCUACUCGCACUUCUCCGAGACCCUCAGUGGCCUGGCGACGGUGAGGGCCAGCGGACACACUGCCAGGUUUGAGGAGGAAAAUGAGAGAAGGUUGGAUCAGAACCAGCGCUGUGUGUUCAUUGGAAACGCCGCCAUGCAAUGGCUGGACAUUCGGCUGCAGAUGAUUGGGGUCACCGUAGUGACCGGGAUCAGUGUAAUCGCUGUGAUCCAGCACCAGAACAAAUCCGUGGAUCCAGGAAUGGUGGGUCUGGCUCUGUCCUAUGCCCUUUCCAUCACGAGCCUGCUGUCAGGACUGAUCUUCAGCUUCGCCCAGACCGAGAUGCAGCUGGUGAGCGUGGAGCGUACGGAGGAAUAUUCCACCUGCGUUCCCCUGGAACCACAGCAUGGCAAGGCAGUGGUUCCUGCGUCCUGGCCUGAGCUCGGCCGAGUGCAGUUUGACGCAGCUGUGUUGGCAUACCGGCCUGGAUCUUCCAACGCUCUGGAUGGCGUCAGCUUUACAGUGAUGCCUGGGGAGAAGGUGGGUAUUGUUGGACGCACUGGCUCGGGGAAAUCUUCUUUGUUCCUGGCGCUGUUUCGAAUGGUGGAACUGAAGCAGGGACGCAUUCUGCUGGACGCAGAAGACAUCGGGCAAGUCGCUCUCUCUGAGCUGAGGUCCAAGCUGGCCAUCAUCCCCCAGGAUCCCUUUUUAUUCUCCAGCUCGGUGAGGGAGAACCUCGACCCCUGUGGGCGUCACCUUGAUGAUCAGCUCCUUAACGCUUUGGAUCAGUGUCACCUUGGAGAUGUGGUUCGAAGAAUAGGAGGUCUGGAUGCUGCAGUCGGAGAAAGAGGAAAGUCUCUGUCGGUUGGCCAGAGGCAGCUGAUGUGUCUUGCUCGGGCUCUCCUGACCGAAGCCAAUAUUUUAUGUAUCGAUGAAGCUACAGCCAGCGUCGACCACAAGACCGACAUGCUUCUGCAGAAAACCAUCCGAGAAAGAUUUAAGCACAAGACGGUGCUCACUAUUGCGCAUCGACUCAAUACCAUCAUGGACUCAGACAGGGUUCUGGUGAUGCAUGCUGGGAAGGUGGUGGAGUUCGACAGCCCAUCUGCUCUGCGCCAUAAAGACACCAAGUUUUUCAGAAACCUUUACACCGAAGAGACGAACGAGGGAUUGUGUCCCGAUAACGGCGAUGCUACAUGAGCUCUGAUCAGAGCACUGAUCUUCAUCAGGUGUUCAGUGGGUUUACACCAUGUUUGUGUUUUGAUAUUUAACAAGUGUCCUGAUUGUGUAGCAGUUUCCAGUUUUAUUAAAUUGAUGGUUUUUUGAGGAA